UUCAAGGCUGUCCUAUCACAACAACCUCCCCUGUUGCCCUGUAAAGUUUCGAGCUGAGCACACCCAAACUCAAAAUAAUACAGGUAGUGAUCCUUCUGGGUCCUUAAAGAAAGCAAGAGGCUGAAGGCUUCCUUCCUUGUUGUCAUGGCAACAAGAAGAGCUGCUGGCCGUCUGUUAGCAUAAACCAACAGCAAGUGCAAGACCACACAUUCCACAAAGCCUUGAAGAUUUACCAAGCUUUAGGGCCAGAAUGGAACCUCAAUGGUCAGACUGAACUUCCAAGGGAAGAAAGGGAGCGCCAUAGUUUUAACCCCUAAAUUCACCUUGGGAAAGCACCAAAUACAUGGAUGAACUAGAUCAUUAGAUAACACAAGGGGGAAAAGAAAAUGGAGCCCAGCUAGAAGAAAAAUACAGGUGAUGGGCAUUGGUUUGAUUCACCGAAUGAAAGACAAUCCAACAAAUGAGUGUCACUGUUUUAUCUGUGAAAAAGAUGGCUCUGCCCUUUGGUCAACACCUCCUUCUAAUUAGCUUCUUUGGCUUCUUUGCAUACAGCAGCUUUGUAAGAGGUCAAAAGAACAAUACAUUGAUUUUCACCAAGGAAAACACCAUUCGAAACUGCAGCUGCUCUGCUGACAUACGGGAUUGUGAUUACAAUUUGGCUAAUCUGAUGUGCACUUGUAAAACUGUUUUACCCUAUACAAUAGAGCAAGCCAGCUAUGACAGCGAUCUGACUAUCUGGUUCACAGACACCACUGCACUGGGCUUGCUACUGAACUUUACAUUGGUUAGGGACCUGAAGCUUUCCCUAUGUAGCUCUACUAUCCUCCCAACAGAAUAUCUGGCUAUAUGGGGACUGAAGAGGCUUCGAAUCAACACAGAAGUCAAGGAUCAGUUCCCAGAGCAAAGCUUACUGAUACACAGCAGUGGUGACAGUGAUUUUAAGGAAGAUAAGCCUAAAUGGCCCACAGACAGGCAAACAUUUUUGUAUGUUUCAUUCCUGGAUACAGCUCUUUUCAAUGGGGAAUCUUCUUUGAAAUCAUACAGCAUUGAAAAUGUUGCCAGUGUCACAAACAACUUCCCUUACCUCUCUUACUUCAAAAUGUUUUCCAUCCCAAGCAACAAAAGCUAUAUUGUUACAUUCAUUUACUGAUACUGUAUUGUGAUCAGUUUCAAUGGAUACAUUAACAAAAUGCGGUUAGUCUGUGCAAUGUAUAUCAUUAAGGGAUUUCCGACUUUAUAUUAAACGCCCCCUUAAAACUAACCCCUUCUUCCCCUGCUGAGCCACCCACAUUCCCUCCAACCAUCAGGCUUCUGGGGAAUCAUGAGACCAUAGAUUUACAGCUGAAAAUUACUUCACAGGCCAUCUAGUCCAAACCCUUCAUUUUAUAGAUGAGGAAAAUGAA